AGGAGGUGAGAGAACCGGAGUUUUCGCCAGGAGGGAGAAAAAAAAAACUGAAAGGAAAGGAGGUGGGAGAAAGGAAGGGAAGGCGGAGGCCGCGGCCAUGGGAGACUCCAGCGGCUCUGUUUCUAUCGACAUGGAGAGGAUCCCGUUUGGAGGAGAGGAACAUAUUUUGCAGACAAGCCGCGGCCCCGUUUCAGUAACAGUAUUUGGAGAUAUUGAUAAGCCAGCAAUUAUCACCUACCCGGAUGUUGCUUUGAAUCAUAUGUCAUGUUUCCAAGGACUGUUCUUUUGCCCUGAAGCUGCUUCAUUGCUGCUUCACAACUUCUGCAUCUAUCAUAUUGAUCCUCCUGGACAUGAGUUGGGAGCAGCUGCCAUUUCUUCCGAUGUCCCUAUUCCAUCUGUUGAUGACUUAGCAGAUCAAGUUGCUGAAGUUCUGGAUUUUUUCGGGCUUAGCACAGUUCUAUGCAUGGGGGUUACAGCUGGUGCCUACAUUCUCACCCUUUUUGCUAUGAAGUACAGGGAGCGUGUUCUUGGUCUAAUACUUGUUUCCCCUCUAUGUAAAGCACCCACAUGGUCAGAUUGGUUGUUUAACAAGAUUUUCUCAAAUUUGGUGUACUUCUAUGGAAUGUCUGGUGUGCUCAAGGAGGUUUUGCUUCAGAGGUAUUUCAGCAAGGAAGUUCGUGGCGGUCCCAAUGUUGCUGAGUCAGACAUUGUGCAGGCAUGUCGAAGGCUGCUGGAUGAGAGGCAGGGCGUAAAUGUUGCACGAUUUCUUGAAGCAAUUAACUGGAGGCGUGACAUAGCAGAAGGAUUGAAGAAACUUAAAUGUCGGACAUUAAUAUUUGUAGGAGAUAGUUCUCCAUUCCACUCUGAGGCCCUCUACAUGACCUCCAAAUUGGACAGGAAAUAUACAGCGCUUGUUGAGGUGCAGGCCUGUGGGUCGAUGGUGACGGAGGAGCAACCCCACGCGAUGCUGAUUCCCUUGGAGUAUUUCUUCAUGGGCUACGGAGUGUACCGACAAUCUCAUUUCUCUACCAGCCCGACGAGCCCCCUGAGCCCAUCAUGCAUAUCUCCGGAGCUGCUGUCCCCCGAAAGCCUGGGGUUGAAACUGAAGCCGAUCAAGACCCGUGUCUCGGCCUGAGGGAAAAGCACCAGAAAGGUGGGUGGCUGCAGCACGUCCGGUUGCCUCCUCUUGGUGGAUGUUUUCUUAUAUCAUAGCAGAAGGAAGGAUUGUUGGGUGUAGAUAAGGAAAGAAGGCAAAGUUCUAUAGAAAUCCAAUUCAUUUGUAGUCAUAAAAGCCAGCCGUUGUAACAUUAUUGUCCAUUAUUUAUGACUCGUGAAUAGAAUAAGGGAAGGGAGAGGUGGGGGGGGAGAGAGCAGUCACGAUUUUCUCCUUGCUAGCUGUAUGGGCGGACCAUUUUUUGUGGCAGGUCAGUCAAAUUGGAAAUUUUCCAUUACGGCUGUGGUGGGGGUCGGUUACGGCUGCCUGGUCAUAGCUGGAGAUGUUGCCAAGUUUUUCCUUGUUAAAUAAUAAAAGCUUCGAUAUUUCAUA